CUUACAUUACUAUAAAUGUACGACUGAUUAAUUCAAAUGUUCAGUAUUGUUCAUUAUUAUCUUGAAAUUAAUUGUGUAUUCAGAAUUUAAAAUAUGCAAAUUAAUAGCAAAUACUGCAGCUACGAUUCAGUUCAAAAGAUCUGGAGUGGACGUAAAUGUACGCCAAUUUACAAUACAGACGCGAAUCUUGGUUACUUAAUUCUUCAAAAAUUGAUUCAAUCACCACAAAGUGUCUUUCAAAUCUCCGAUAAUUCAGGCAUUGAACUUACAAACUUUGACAUUUACAUGCGUUCCAUAAAGUUUGCCAAUUUCUUAAUCAAAUCUGGACUCAAGCAAGGCGAUGUAGUUGGACUGAAUGUAUCAAAUAGUGAAAAUUUGUCAUCAAUUAUAUUCGCGUGUUUUACAUUAGGAAUCGCUGUCAAUCCACUGGCAAUAGUUAUGGACGUUAAUGACAUUUGCAGUAUUUGGUUAAAGACAAAACCAAAAAUAAUUUUUUGUGAUGGAAAAAUUGCGAAGAAAGUGAAAAGUGCUGUUGAUAAAAUGGAUUUAGAUGUGAAGAUUGCUACUUUAAUUGAGAAUGUUGCAGGAUUUCAGUGGAUUGAUGAGAUUCUAGAGGUUGAAUGUGAUGAUUUUGAAUUUCCAGAUCUUCCAAAUAUUUCAUCGACCAUAGCUCUAAUUCUCUGCUCAUCGGGCACAACAAACUCACCAAAAUGCAUCUGCAAAUCCCACAAACAAAUUAUUACCAACUAUCAUCCAUUUUAUGAACCAAACUUAAAGUCACAAGAUAUUUACUUCCUUCAUACGGUUUCUCAUUGGGUCAGUUACCAUUGGUUCCUAAUAACUUGUGCUUUAUAUGGCAUGAAACUUGUAAUUACAACUGAGAAAGUAACUCCUGAACUUUGGAUGGAUAUAAUUGACAGACAACAAGUCAUAGUUGCUGUAUGCAUUCCUCAAUUUGGUUCAGUUCUGUUAAAAUCGAAAAGUUUGAGACAACUGCCUAGUUUGAGAAUUAUUGCAGUUGGUGGAACUCCAUUCACUGAGAAGCUAAUAGCUGAUUUAGUACCACUGUUUCCAAAUGGAAGUAUUAGAUGCUCUUGUGGAUGUACUGAAAGUGAUCAGCUGUUUAUUAUGGGACGAGAAGAUCCAAAAGGUGCAAAUUCUGGAUAUCCGUUUAAGAAUGUCGACGUUAAGAUUAUAGAUGACGCUGGCAACACACUGGGCCCCAAAGAAUCAGGACAAAUUUAUUAUAAAACUCCAGUUCCAUUCUCAUGCUACCUCGAUGAUCCAGAAAGUUACAAGCAAUCAUUUGACUCUUUAGGCUUUAUUGCAUCUGGUGACAUUGGCUAUUUUGAUGAACAAGGUCGAAUCUACGUCAAAGACCGCAUUAAGCACAUGAUUAAAACAACUGGUCCAAAAUCUGGAAUUUGUACUUUAGCUCCAAUAGAACUUGAGACAAUAAUUAAUGAAAUUAACGGAGUCAUUCAGAGUUGUGUUGUUGGAUUUUUUGACAAACAUUUAUUUUAUGACAUCAUUUACGCAUUUGUUAUUAAGGAUGCCGAGGAAGUGAACUUAACUGAAGAAUUUGUGAUGAAUUAUGUAAAUACAAAAGUCAUCGAUGGUAAGCGAAUUACUGGUGGCGUUUAUUUUAUUGAGAAAUUUCCACUGACUCCAUCCGGGAAGGUCUUGAGCAGGGAGUUGAAGAAAAUUGCUACGGAAAUUAAUAAAAAUAAGUAG